CUAAAGCACCAGUAAUGGGCAACGGUCUUUUUGUUAACCUCAUUUGCUGUGUCGUGACUUCUGUAUUUGGGAGUAAAUUUGAAAUUUUGAACUGAAUUUUUGGGGCCUUUUGGGAGGGAAACUGACUGAUUUUGUAUUAUCUGUACUUCAUGUCUUUUGUUUCAUGUUUGACAGUUUGUUAAUAUUUUCUUUAAUGAACUCCAGUAUAACCAUUUAGGCAUUUCUUUGCUAAAACGCUUAAUCCCAUUACCUGUAGCAGCUUUGCUUGAAUAAUGCUCCAGUUUUCGUAUGGUAUUUUAGGAAGAGAUACUGCUCUGGAAAACCCUAGCAUGGGUUUAUUGAUUGAUGGUUUAAUUUUUUUUUCUGCAAUCCCUUUAAAUUAUGGCCAAUAUUGCAUUUUACUCCAGAAUCCUAGUGGGCUCUCUCCUCCUAAGCAAAUGUGGAUCCGGUUUGUUUUGGCAAUUGGGACCUUCUGGCUCCCUAACCACAGUCAAGAUCACAGAUGAGCACAAUGCCAGAUUAUUUUUUGCCACCAAACAUUCAUCAUCCUUGCCUGUUCAAGUUCCCGUGGGAGUAUCCGACUUUCCUUCUAGGAUAGUCUAGCUUGGUUGCGUUUGCCUUGUACAUCUAUAUGCUGUACAUAAUUGGGUUCUGUAUUGGUAUUUCAGUGGUCAAAGAUGUUGCAGUGGAUUCUUUUGCCCUGAUCGUUGCUACAGGUUGCCUCACAUGCUGCUGCCCCUGCGUCACUUUUGGGCAAAUAGCAGAGAUAGUGGAUGAGGGUUCUGAAGAAUGCAUAUUGAGCGGAGGGAUUUAUGGUGCUCUGUGCUUUUAUACGGGGUGUUGUGCGUGGUGCUUUUCAUGGUUGUACCGAAACAAGAUGCGGGAAAUGUAUAACUUGUCGGAGAGCCCCUGUAACGAUUGUCUGGUUCAUUGUUGUUGCGAAUCAUGCGCGCUGUGCCGGGAAUACAGAGAACUUAAACACAGAGGAUAUGAUCCUGCUCUCGGUUGGACAGGUAAUCUGGAUAAGCAACUGGACGAGAUGAGUACCUCCACGACAGCUCCUGGGCAUCCAAACAUGGCAAAAUAAUUCCCGGCUCAUGACAUUUCUGUUUCAUCAGGGAUUUGGGAAUUCCGAUGGCUGUUCUGAAUAUUUAUCUCUGGAUUGGCUAUUGUAGUGGUUGUUAAUACUAUUGAUGAGUUGUGAAAUUUUAGUUCUACUUUUUUUAAUUCAAAAUGAAUGACAAUAUCUGGAUA